UUGGCCGAGAGGCAUAGCGCUUGUUAAGACACCGGUGCAGGAAGAGGCAUGUCACGGAAGAAGACCUUGGUUAACAGAUCCUAAACUAGUGAAUAUUUACAUUUUUAACUCGAUAUUUUGACGUGUAUGUAUAGAAGGAUAAUGUCUCAGAUAAGAAGGUGCUUCUGGCUUUUAAAUAACUCAAACAAGCUAAACGUUUAGCUUCACGUUAUCUGUUUGUCUUCAAUAAGGGGCUGCUAAAUUACCUAAAGCACCUUUUUCACUUUAUUUAAGCAUUUGAGAGUUUAAAAUGAGUUCUGUUAGACACCUCAUGAACAGCAGGUGCUUGUUUCACCUUAGUAAAAUGAAGAUAUGCCAGAGGAGACUCUUUAGUUCAACCAAAACCUGCAGGACUAUCAUGCCUGCCUGGGUUAUAGAUAAAUAUGGAAGCAAUGAAGUGCUGAGGUUUACUAGAAAUGCCAGCUUCCCCAUCAUCAACUACCCCAAUGAGGUCAUUGUCAAGGUGUGUGCUGCAGGACUGAACCCACUCGAUGUCAGCAUGAGAGGUGGUUAUGGAGCUGCAACGCUGUCCAUGAAGAGAGACCCUCUGAACAUCACACAGACCGGCAGUGAGUUCCCUCUCAUCCUGGGCCGGGAGGUGUCGGGGGUCAUCAUGGAGUGUGGCCUGGAUGUAAAGUACUUCAGUGAGAGGGAUGAGGUGUGGGCGGCUAUCCCACCAUGGAAGCAGGGCAGCCUGGCAGAGUUUGUGGUGCUGAGUGCUAAUGAGGUUUCUCACAAACCGAAGUGUCUGAGCCACAUCGAGGCGGCAGCCAUUCCCUACGUGGCGACCACCGCCUGGUCUGCACUCGUUAACACCGGCGGACUCAACAAGGACAACUGUGCCAAGAAACGGAUCUUGAUCCUUGGAGGAUCUGGGGGAGUGGGAACAUUUGUCAUACAGAUGCUGAAGGCCUGGGGAGCCCAUGUCACUGUUACCUGCUCCCAGAAUGCAGAGCAGUUUGUUCGGGGUCUGGGGGCAGACCAUGUGGUGGAUUACACCUCUGGGCCUGUGGAGGAGCCGCUCGGAGCUCUUGAGAAGUUCGACCUGGUCCUGGAUAACAUCGGGGGAGACACAGAGCGAUGGGCUUUGAAGCUGCUUAAGCCGUGGAGUGGAGCCAAGUAUGUCACUCUUGUAACACCGUUCCUGCAGAACACAGACCUGCUGGGUAUCGCUGACGGCAUGAUGCAGACUGCUGCCACUGUGGCCACCAAAGCUCUUAAGCACUUGGUCAACGGAGUUCACUAUCGCUGGGGAUUCUUUGCACCCAGUGGUCCUGCACUGGAUGAAGUCAGAGAGAUGGUGGAUGCAGGACAGAUCCGGGCUGUGGUGGAGGAGACCUUCAGCUUCGCUCAGGUUCCUCAGGCUCUGGAGAAGGUGGAGAAGGGUCACGCUCGAGGGAAGACUGUGGUCCAGAUCAGCAGAGAAGGAGACGACUCGUAGCGCUGACUCCUAAGAGAGACUCUGUGCAAGGUUCUGCACGAACACAAAACAAACUGGGGGUGAAAAUACUUCGGGUUUAAGGUCCUCGCUUUGCAUAAAAAGGGGCACGGGUGCAGAAAUGACUGUUGGGAUGGUAAUGAGACUAUGUGUGGAUGUUGUAGCUUUACUGUUUGUGCACUACAGAUGCUCGUAAAUAUUUUUCCUUUUAUAAGUGGCUUGAACAAAGAAAAUAUAUGAGCUAAGUUAAAGACAGUGACAAUUUAAGCUCUUCCAAAUUAAUUUUAAAGGAACGUGUAAAUUACAACUUUCUCUGCAGACGCUAAAAGGCAACAAUCAGGUGCACAGAGCUAGAAGUAAUGCAGCUUAUAGAAUAAAUCCUUUGAUACCGCCUUUGAUACGUCGACAUGGUCCCACCAUGACGCUUUGAGACAUUCGUAUCGGAGUUGAGACGUCCCAGGAGCAUAAACAAACUGAGAUCACAGUCAUCAACGUCUAAAGGAAGACUUUUAUUAAAAAAAAGAUGCAAGAAAUAAAAUCAUGUCUUUUAUUAUUA